AGCAGCUCCAAGGCCUAUAUUCUAAAACGAAUCUCAAUUAAUCUUGGAUUAGUGUUUAAUUUUUUGAUGUUAGGGCCGAAAAUUUACUAAACGAAAGAGAUAUGGUUUAGUGAGAGAAUCACGCACAAUGCGUUGAAGCUGGAAGUUCAAUUUCCAUCUUGAUAGAUUUAUAGGACAGAAAAUUUAAAUAUAAAGAUAAAGAAAAAUGGCGGCGGGAGACGUCACCCGACGCGCUUCGAUCACAGCGCCAUCUAUGCAUCGGCGACCAUCAGCACGUAGAGGCUCGCUAAUUAAGAAGCCACAAUCACCUUCGCAGGAAGUGCCUUGGGAUAUUAUAGAUAGAUGCGCUCUGCCGAUUGUUUUAUGCCACGCCCUGGCUGUGGUCCUCUCUGCGCUCCUGAACGCUUUACACAUCAGCCAAAUCUCCGUCUUCACACUUUUCCUCUGGUUUUCCAUAUCGGUGACUGGAUCUCUCUGGUUCUACCAUAACUUGCAGGUCACAGCAGCCGGUAAAGCUGUGCUGGUUACCGGAUGUGACAAUGUCCUAGGUAAUGCUCUAGCAAGAAGGUUGGAUGACUUGGGAUACCAUGUUUUUGCUGGUUUCCAGAAUAAGGCUGGAAACAUCGAUGCAGAUAUGCUGAAAGAAGACUGCUCAGGCAGAUUACAUACACUUCAGCUGGACGAAACCUCUGAAACACAAAUUCUAUCAGCAUCGUUAUACAUCGUGGACCAUUUACCAGAGGGCGCGCAAGGCCUAUGGGCGAUUGUCAAUUGUGAAUCUUGGUGCGCGUUGGGUGAACUGGAGUGGGUGCCAUUUUCAGUCAUUCGCCGCGCUAUGGAAGUCAACCUUUUAGGUCCAGCACGCCUCGUGCAAGUGAUGCUACCGCUAGUACGCAGAGCUCGCGGUAGAGUGGUUCUAGCAUCCUCCAUUUUGACCCAUGUAGCUGCUCCCGUGAGAGGUGUGCACGCAGCUUCUUUGGCUGCUCUUGACGCACUCGCUGCCUGCUUGAGACGGGAAUUGAAACCACGCGGUGUUGAUGUUGUGGUAGUAGCAGCUGGUGAAUACACGACGGGCAGUGCCUGGCUCUCGGAAGAGAAGUUGCUUGAACAAGCUCGUGACAUGUGGAAACGUCUGAGCGACGAGCAAAAAGGAGCAUAUGGGGAAGAUUACUUUGAACAGGCACUUAGGAGUCUUGAGAAAUACACAAAGAAUGCAGAUGUGGAUCUGACAGCUGUCACACGAGCGCUAAGUGAUGGCGUUACACGAACUUUCCCGCUUGCCCGCUACACUCCAGUAUCACCCAGGGAGAAACUCAAGUCCAUUCUAGCUGAACAUAUGCCUCGAUGCCUUUACGAAGGAUUAUAUACCGACUAAUGUUUGUAUCGAACUCUGGAAACAUUAAUGGCUACCUGAAUAGCAAAAUUAUGUCCGAAAACAUGGAUGAAAUUACGUAAUUGAAUAGCGGCGAAAUUGAAUCAAAAUAAAUUUUUAGAAGGACGAAGAUUAAAUUUGUAACUUUAAAUUAUUUAUUCUAAACGCCAUAUUAUACUAAAAUUAUUUGUAUUUAUUUUCUCGUAACUAUGAAAGGUGUUUAAAAGAUCAUAAAAUACUGAUUUAAUCACGAUUUUACUUUUAAUAUAACAAAUUCUGUACAACGUUACUUUAAUUAGUAAAAAAGGUUUUCAAUGCGCGUUAAAACCCUGCAAUUGCAAUAACUGCAUUGCGCGUUGCCCUCAAAAGCUCGUUCUCAAUACUUUGCUACAGGAAUAAAUAUAAAACAUCCUCAUAGUAUAAACUUAUGCAACUUAUGCAAUUUCCUCAGCACUUUAAUAGAUAUCGAACAUUCUGUACAAAGUCACGGUGUUCACUGCGUAGCAUCUCGUAGCACUUCUAAGAAUUAUUAACGCCUACGUGGAGCAAUUUGUAUCUUUAUAACAUUAACAGGAAGUAUUUCCUGGAGCCAAAAAACAAAUUAUUUAUUCACUUAAUUUUCAGUCUGUCUCACAUAUUAGUAAUUUCAUAAAAUAGCCGAGCUACGAAACACAAAUAUUCAUGACAUUUAUAAGUCACUAUGGUCAUUGUUACUACUGAUAAAUAUAGCUUUAUGCCAUUCUCUCAAAAUACAUCAAGCAAGAUGCACUGGUUUUGUGAUUAAUCCUAAAUUUACGCAAUACGUUUUAUGAUUAAUGUAAAAAAAAGCGAUAGAAUCACGCGUGAUUUUGUACGAACGUAUUUUAAGACCAAAUCUGACGUUUUAUACAAAACUUUUCUGCAACUAGCUUUUUAUGUAUAUACGCGAAUUGUCUACUGACGACUACGUUAUAAAAUAUAGGCAACAUAUACUAAAAGACGAAGCUUGGUGACAUAUGUAUUUGUGUGUAUAAGACUUAGUAAAAAUUGCGUUCCUCGCAUUUAAAUAACUGCUUGAAUAGUUGAACUAAUGUGAGUCGAGCCGCGCUAAAUUGGUGUUACCCAUUAAUUCAAGCAAUUAAAUUGUUCUUGUAUAAUAAAUGGGGCCUGUCCACACCGCUGCUUUUGUAAUAUGUAAAUGUAAUAAGCUUUGACUUUGAACUUUGUCAUGUAUUACUAAUGUACAUUGAAGCUCAUACUACACACUUUUAAAACUUUUGUAGUCUGUAAAUAACAUAUGGAAAUAUAUAUGUAUAUACCACAAAUUAGUCAUGAGUGUUAACGCUUGACGCUAAGAGUAUAAAAGCCCACAACUUCGUAAAAGCUAAAACUGUAGUUCAACUUUAUAGCUUCGCAGUUUAUGUUUAUUUAUUGACGUGUCGCUUUUUAUGUUGUAUUCCAUUAUCAUUUUGAUAUGAAUUUGCUCUCACUUUAACAACCUCUAUCGCUGGAGUGCCAUAAAUUUUCAUUUAGACGUAUUUUUAUCGAAGUUUUUUUCAAUUCUUCUUUAUUGAGCGUUUUAUUUAUCGUUUUACGUUUUCAUUACUUAUUAUUGAAGUUUCUCGCCAAUCUUCUUUUAAAAUAAAAUGGUUAUAUUAUUUUUUUAGUUAUUUCAUCUGUUUUUUGGUUUGUAUGAUUUCGUCAAUUGAAUGUUUUGAACGUGAGUCGUAAAACUAUACGAUUUUACGUCGGUCCCUAUAAUAAAUCUUAACUAUUAAUUAAUGUGUCAGUCACACGAGAGCCUCACACAGACGUUAAAUGAUAUAAUUACAUAAUGUUUGUAUAUGUAUUCUUCUAUUAAUUAAUGAUUUAAGCAGUAUUUUCUUUGUAAAUAAGUUUAAAAAAGUAUUAACAACGAAAUUAGGAGUGGAUUUAUUGAGUCUAGUCAACAUAGCUGUGUGCAAAGCCGUAUUUAAAAUUUUGUAAAAGUAUAAACUUAUUAAGAUACUUAUAGGCACUAUUGUACAAAAUGUUAAAUACGGCUUUGCUAAGAAACACAUACACAUUGGAUUUUUGCUACGUUACAUUUACGUAAUAUUGCAAUACAAUAAAAAGUUUAUAAAUUGAGAAACAGUGUUUAAAAAGUUUCACAAUAUUAACUCUAUUGCAGUCUAGCUUUACAAUAAACGUGUAAUGUCUCUUAUUUUUAAUUAUUUUCUUGAAGAGUAUGUUCAUUGUUGUGGAUCUUAUUUUUUUCCUUACUAAGCUUAGCUUUCUCAUCGGUAGUAUAAUCUAUUUUUAUUAACAGUUGUUUUUAUCUCGACUCUGUUAUAAAUAUUUUUUAAUCACCACAGCUUAUAUCAACAUUAUAGUCGAUAAACAUUUAGAAACAGUUAUUUAAAAUAACGAACUUCAAUGUGUUAAGUCAAUGUAUAUGCUUUUGUGUUUUUACUUGUUAUAUUUAGACUACGAUAUCCCGCUUACGUGAGUGUUGAAGAUGCUGAAUUCUUAAAACCUUUGAAAAAAGUAAUUUUAAAAAUGUAGCACGUCUCUAACUUAUAGGCUGACCUAUUUCGAUACUAGUUCACGUUUAAAUAUGCAUUUAAAUUUGUAUCCAACAUCUGCCCCCAUGUUAAAUUGUGUGUAUAGUUUUGUAAUUUUAUGAAAUAAAUAAAAUAAAAUAAA